CUCAGAAAAAGAAAAUUUCCAACUAUAAACUUAAGCUACUUCAUUGAGAGGAAUCGAGAAAAUCAACUUUAAAGUUAUCGAAAGUGAAUUCGCACCUUUCUGAAGAUUUGACAGGGUAAACCCUGAAAUUGCAUAUUUCUCUUCUCGAGUUCGAAAAAAUUGCUCAGGCCAUCGUUACCUUGAAUAUCGCGAUUGUUCGCGUAACAAAGGGACAAGUGACUGAAGUGGCUGUGAAGUGCAGUGCGUAGCGCGCCAGAUGUUCGCGGAGGCGCAGACUGCGUGAUUUUCAAUUGACGACGCCACGGGACUUCCGGCAUCAUCGCCAAAAUUGCGCCGUCCUCUUGGCAGAGCUUUUAGUGCUCGUGACGCGCGUCAGCGAAGUUCCCCGCUGCGAGAACAGCGAUUGCAUUACUCACCUAUCGUUAGCCAAAUCGUGUCUCGCGGAGAUCGUUGCGGGAUCGACUGUCGGAGAAAACUCGGAGAAAAAUCUUCGCGCGGCUGCGUUUCACGGUGAUAUUGUGUUAUCAGCGAUGUCCGGAACCUGGAAUCGAGGUCUUUUCUGUACUGUAUCCCCGGAGAUACUUUUCUGUCAUUUGUCGGAUUUCCGUGCUCGUCGUGUAAGGCAAAUCAGACUCGAUAAUAAAAUGCCGACCGAGUGCAUCGCCAACCCGUUGCAACGGGAGCUAGCCGACUCGAUAAUACGGCUGCAGCCGCUCGAUGAGAUCCGCAUCCUCCUCGCAUGCGGUGCUAAACCGAACGAGCCGGUGACUCAGGGCCUCAGACCCCUGCACUAUGCCGUAUGGCAGCGGUACACCGAGGCCGCUCAGCUGUUGCUUGUGCGCGGUGCCGACAUCAACGCGACUGACGAGUGCGGUUAUUCGGCCCUGCAUCUCGCCGCCGAACACGGCUGCCUGGAUCUGGUGAAGUUGCUGCUUAAGUAUGGCGCCAAGGUGGACCACCGGCAGGAUACGGGGGAACUUUUUCCCAGGACCAUGUUGUGCGACGAGCCAUUGCGUCUGGCUCUGCGGAAUCGUCACGUUGAGGUUGCGAGGAUCCUGCUUGAAGCCGGCGCUAAUCCAAACAAGAGAUAUUUUUUCGGCUCCGAGAUCAAUCUGGUGUCGCCCUUGGAUCUGGAGUGUAUGGAGCUGCUGUUAGCCUUCGGUGCUCAUCCGAACACGCGGGAUCGUGCCGGGCUGACGCCCCUCAUGAAGGCUGCCAGACUGCCGCAGGGCAUUUCCUCGGUGCUCCUGCUGCUGAGUUAUGGCGCGGACGUGAACGCGACGGCGGACGCCAGGCACGAUUACCGAACGGUGCUGCACUACGCGAUUCUCGGCGGCGAUCCGGCGGUGAUCAAUUUGUUGCUGAAGCAAGGCGCCCGAUUGGAUCUCGGGCCGGACUACCAGAAACCGACGGCCCUCGAUCUGGCCAUACUCAAGGGCGACCCGUCGAUCGUCGAGAUGCUGCUCGAAGCGGGCUCGGACGUGAACGCCACUUCGCCAAUUAUUGGUUCGCCACUACACGUGGCAUGCGCGGACAAUAUCCCGAACCGGCUGGAGAUCCUGUGUAUGUUGCUAGAACGCGGCGCCGAUCCCAACCUGGUGAUACGCAGUGACGAUGGACCGGCGUUGCGGCCGGUGCUCGCCGAGUACGUCGCCUCUAACGAGAACCCGUCGGUGGAGAUAGUGGCGUUGCUAUUGAAAUAUGGUGCCCGAGUAGUGAUCAAGACGCAAUUUCGCGACCCACACGGCAUUCUUAACUCCUUGCAGAAUAUGGCCGAUAAGCCGCGGUUGCUACGCGCACUUUUGGAAGCAGCGGAGAGCUUUGAUCCCUGCAUGAUACGACGGUCCAGCAGUUUGACGGACGCACAGAAGGCCCUGGUGAUGGAGGCGGCUAAAACCCCGCUGCCGUUAACCCAUCAAGCGAGAUUAAUAGUCCGCAAACUCUGCGGUACCAAGCUACCGAAGAUUGUCAGGAAGCUGCAGCUACCGCAGUCGUUGCAUCGUUACCUCCUCUAUGACUACUACUAGCCGAGAGUUAAAGUUCGAGACGUUUGUCGGGAGAGAUGAUGUUUGUUCGGAGUACAUCCUUGGAUUUCCGAGCUUCAAUCUCAUCAAAAUUAUGACUUGAGAAAAAAAGGCGAGUAUUAUUUCGCUAGAAGCUGCAUCGGAAUCGAUAGCAUCAUCGAAGUAUAUUUUUUGAAGAUUGCUGGAGACGCGGAAGAUAAAGUAUUUGCACAAAGUACGAUAUUGUGAGUCUACGUCAGUUCAACGAGUACAAUAAUGAGGUUGUCGAGGCAGUGACCUCUUGUUUCUACUUGCAAUUAGUAUUCUUCUUUUGUACGAUGCGUAUAAAGUGAUAUAAGCUUAGACAGCAAUACAUAUAUAUUUUGCCUGUACUCGUUACGAUUCUAGUCGCCAAAUGUACGUUUUGUAUGUACGUCUUUCUCUCUACUUCCUAUGUUAGGAAGAUCGUUCGCGAUAGAAGUGAUGCAAGACGCGUUAUUUCCGUUGCUCAAACGCGUGAACGGCCGAGACUUUCUGCUCACUGAAAAAAGUCUAGUAAUAAUCGGUCCUAGAUAAUAGUUAUUAAAAUUUUAGUGAAUUUUAUAAUUUAAUUAAUAUAAUCAAAACCAAAUAUACCUAAACGCUUAUCUAAUUAUUCUCGAACAAUUGAUUACUAUUAUUAUGUUUAGCAAUAUUUUCUAAAUAUUGUACUAGUAUGAUAAACAAAAUAUAUUUGAUAGCUAUUACCAGAUUUUUCUUUCAGUAUGUGCGCUUUUCGCGAACACUCCCGAGCAUUCUCGCAUCGUCAAUCUGGAAAUAUUACGUAGAGUUACCUCUCGAAGUUAUAUACAACGAAGUUAUGCUUGUCGCCC